AUGUUCUUGGUACCUACGCUAUUAUUUUUGUCAUUUCACAAGACACCACCAGUUAAUGCCAACGCGAGUGAACCGUGGGCACCAAAUAAGACACCAAAACCUAGAGUAUUCCAUGGUCAAGACGUCGCAACCCAUGAAUACCCGUAUAUCGCAGUGAUUAUGAGACUGAAAAAAUCAAAUCGUCAUAUAAGGACAUGUACCAUCUCCAUCAUAAUGAAGAACUAUGGUCUUACAGCUGCACAUUGCUCACGACGACAAAGGUACCAGCAUUACGUGUGGUACGGAAACCAUACGGUAUCUCCUCUGGAAACCGGAGCAUACAUUGCAGUUUCAGAAUAUAUUGUACAUCCUUCGUUUCUCGUCGUAGGUGGAAAACUAACUGGAAACGACGUAGCUCUGGUGCGCUUCAGUGAUAUAAUCCUUCCACGUUAUGGAAGAUUGUCCGCGGUAGAUCAUUUGACAAUGAUGGGACUGCCUGUGAAGUAUAUAGGGGGCGGGCUGACAAAGAAGAUUGGUGAUGACGAUACGCGGCAGCUACAAGUUGGAGAAGGCGCAAUUGUGGCAUGUCCUGCGAUUUAUAAGGAACUAGCUAACAUAUUAGUUUGUGUUGGUCCUAAGUGUUCAUCACGCCAGGAUACUGGAGCUAAAGGAGACUCGGGUGGGCCUUUAUUCUUUGACGAUAGAAUCAUUGGUGUAAUGUCUUUUGGUGAUCAAAAUCCUUUUGCGUCAAUCGUUGCCUUUGCACCGGUCAGCCCCUACCUCGACUGGAUCAAUAAUGUUUUACAUUCAACUUGA